AUAUUGGUUGCACAUACGAAUAUAAUUAACAAAUAAUGGUUCUUCUACAUAGUGACUUUCAAAUAUUGUCCAUAACCAUGUCAUAUGCAAUAUCACAAUCAGAAAAAGUUCAUUUGUAAAAUUAAUUCUCAAAGUUUUGCUAUAUAUGUAAUGUAAAGAAAAAUAUUAUAAAUAAUGUAAAUACAUGAAAAUAUUAAAUACAAUAUUAAAUGUUAAAAUCAUUCAUUCGUCCUCAGUAAGCACUUUAUCCUGGUCAGGAAAGCCCAUCCUGGGAGUACUGAGUGCAAGGUGAGAGAAUUCACCCAAGAUGAGAUGCAAGUCCAUUGUGCUCACUCACACCUACAGGCAGUAACUUCACCAACAUGUAUGUUUUUUUGGACAUUUGUAGAAAACUGGAGAACAUGGAACUCCUAGCCAAUACAUGGAGAACAUAUAAAACACAGACAGUAACCGCAGCUCAGGAUCGAACUGGGAACCCUGGAGUUGUUAGCUGUUAUAUGUUUAAUAUAAUAUAUAAAUUUUAAUGUUAAAUGUAUGUAAAUGCUAAAAGUAUAAGGUAAAUUUACACAUAGUAAUUUCCCACACUCUCUGAGUUUUGCAUCAUUUGAAAAAAAAAAAAAAAAAAAAAAAAAAAAAAAAGCACCAGCAGGGUAGCUAGGGUCACGCUUCUUAUGCUGAAUGGUGCUAAUUUUGGAACAAGGUUGCAGGUAGCUUUUUUUGGGGAGGAUGAUCAAUGUAGGUCGGUAAUUUCAUAGCAGAGACUAAUUUCAGAAUUUACUAGUUGUAAUGAUGACAGUGUGGUCCCAAAAGAGCAUCCUGAAUCAAUCUUUGCAAUACAUCUUAAAACAGAAAUGGUUCUGUACACCACAGAUACACUGACUUCUCUUAAUGUCCCUUUGUUUGCCAUAAUAUAUGUUUGCAGAAAUUAAUUUAAUUUAAUUGCGUUUGUUUGCUUUAAAACAAGAUCUUGGUGGCCGCAGACUAUUUUAAGCCCAAGAAAUGCCACCUACAGACUUGCGUUUUCCACCUGCAACACUGUUCCAAAACUAGCCCAAUUUGUAAAAACUGCACCCCUGGCAACCUGGCUGGCGCUGUCUUUUCCAAAUGAUGCAAAACUCUGAGAAGGUGUGCAUUUAGUACAUGAAUGAUAUAUUUAGCUUCUACAUUUAACAUUUACAAUUACAUUUGAUAUUUGCAUUUAUCAUUUAGGUAUAUAUUUAACAUUUAUGUACAUAUAUUUACAUUUGGUACCCUUUAGGCUACUACUAGACAUAUACAGUAUAUAGCCAGAGGUUUGUGGUCACCUGACCAUGACACCCAUGUGUGUGUCUUGCCCAAACUGUCGCCACAAAGUUGGAAGAACACAGUUGUCUUAAUACGCUGUAACUUUACAACUUGUCUUCAGUGGAACUAAGGGACCCAAACAUGACAAUGCCAUGUGCACAAAGACACAGUAUUGCCAAGGCUAGUGUGGAAGAACCCGAGUGGCCUGCACAGACCCUUGACCAUAACACCUUUUUGAUGAACUGGAACGCCGACCGCGCCCCAGGUGCGCCUCCCUAAUGCACUUGUUGCAGAAUGGACAAAAAUUCCCACAGCCAUGCUCCAAAAUCUAGUGGACAACCUUCCCAGAAGUGUAGAGGUUAUUAUAACAGCAAAUAGGGGACUAAAUCUGGAAUGGGAACAUGUAGAUUUGAUGGUCAGGUGCCCAAAAACAUUUGGACAUAUAAUGUAUCUUUGCAUUGUUUUCACAUUCCAGUGAACAAUAGUGCAAACCUGCAGGAUAAUAUACGUGACGUCAGAGUGAGCCUAAAAGGGGAGGAGCAAAAGGGUGUUUUCUCUUCUAACGUCAUGAGUCACAGCACAGUAAAUCCGGCAGCGUCCAAAGGUGAUUCAGGAGGCUUACAGUCAUCUGGCAAACUCUUAUAGACUGAUACUUAAAAACUAAUAAUUCCUAAAUAAAAUAAUGGUGGUAAUCGUGUAUAGUGAUGCUCUUGGCUCAGUGCUGUACUGAAAGCAUCGGCGUUUAAUUUCACUUUCAGUCUCUCUCCAAGGUGACUGGCUAACCCGGAAAAAUGGAAAAUAUCGGAUUUAGUGUGCCACAUAAGAUCCCAGAGGAGUACAUCAACAAAAUGACAGAGGCAGUCCAGUCUACAAGCCCAGAGAAAAUCCCUCAACAGUUUAUGACUUUUCUGAAAGUGUAUGAUCGAUUCAAGUUGGAUGUUGCUGUGACAGGCGAUUCUGGCUCAGGAAAAUCUACACUCAUUAAUGCUCUCCUUGGACUGGAUCAUGAUGCUAAAGGAGCUGCACCAACAGGAGUUGUGGAGACCACAAUGGAACCUGCAGCGUAUCAAUAUCCAAACUGUCCCCAAGUGAGACUGUGGGACCUUCCAGGGAUGGGCACACCCUCUUUUACAUCAAAGAGUUAUGUAGAGACAAUAAACUUUAAUUUGUAUGACAUGUUUUUUGUAGUGAUAUCUGAACGAUUUAGAGAAAACAACAUGCUUCUGAUUGAUGAAAUACAUAAACAAAAGAAGCCUUUUUAUGUUAUUAGAACAAAAGUAGACAACGACUUGCGUGCACAGGGUAGGAAAUAUAACUUCACUGAAACUGGUGCUUUAACUGUCAUGAGAGAUGAAUGUUUAAAAUACAUAGAGGAGAAGAACCUGCAUCCCCCUAUCUUCUUAGUGUCAGCCUAUGAUACACAGAACUAUGACAUGCAGAAACUUAAGGACACCUUUGAGAAAGAAGCUCCAGAACUCAAAAGAGAAGUUUUUCCCCUUUUCCUGGCGAGUUUGUUCAGUGGACAUAGGAGGAAACGAAGGACUUUCAUGCGGCAUGGUUUGCAGAGUGGGAAAAUCAUUGAAGAAGAAGUACUGGACCUAAGAACUUUCUGCGAAUGCCUUGACAUUGCAAAUGGAAUUGAAACACUUACGACUACAUUGGAGGCUCUAGACCACUUUCAGCUUGACGUGGCUAUUUUAGGGGAGACAGGAUCUGGGGUAACUACUCUUCUGAAUGGCCUAAUGAGACAGCAGAAUGGUGUCUUUUGCUCAGUGCUUUCCGAAAUGCCAGCAACAAGUCCUCAGUACCCAAAUGUCAGAUUUUGGGCUGUGUCAGGAAUAGAGAACAUUAUGGUAAACUCCUUGGAGGGGAUGAAAGAUAUUUUGGAUAAUUUUGAUUUCUAUGUGCUUAUUGUGAUGGAUUGGGAGAAGGCUCACCACGUAGACCUCGCAAGAGAUGUUCAAAGGUUACGGAAGCAUUACCAUUUUGUCCAGACAAAGAUUGACUGCCAUUUGCAAGCCCAAGAAGAUUUGUGUUGUUCUGAGACUGAGAUUCUGGAUGGGCUUCGAGCCCAGUGUGCUGAGGAGCUUCAGAUGGCACAAGUUGACAAUUCACAACUGUUUCUCAUAAACAGCUUAGAUAGAAAUGCCUUUGACUUUGUCAGUCUGGAGAGUGUAUUGAGCAGUGACUUGGACACUAUACGGACAAGUGCUUUUGCAUAUUAUAUUGAUAAAAUUGUGAGAAACAAAAAGCAAGCACAGAGCACUUGUCAGAUACUAUAGCUGCUUUACUGUCUCUGAGGUGUUUUCAGUGACAGUGGACUAUUUUUGAAAAAAGAAAAAAGUGAAAUAGCAAUAUCUGAGAAAUGCCAACUUUUACAUAUAGGUACUAGAAAUCUAUAAUUUACCAGUCUCGAUCUUACUAACAAUCAUUUGUAGCAAUCAAAGUGAAGAAAUUCAUAGGUGCCUUCCCCACCCAAGGGACAAGACAUGUAUUGAAAUAUACAAUACAUGUACUUAAAUAUCAAGUAUAACUUAAAAGUAUAUGCCAAAAUGCCACAUAUCAACAGAAUGUCUCUUCAAUUACUAUACAAUCGUUAGAGUUAUUACCUAUUUGAUCAUACACUGGCCAGAUUGUAUUUUUUAAAAUUACACCUACUGUAAAUUAUCGUGUCUUCUUGUACCUCAACCUAGGACUGUGUCACUACAAACUACCUCAUACCACAGUAACUGGUUUUACAUGGUGCACUUACAAUCAGAGAAAACUCAUCAGGAACUAGUUAACUAAACAGUCAUCACAAGACGUGACAUUUCUCACCUCUAUGUUGUUCUGCAUUUGAUGCAGGUCCAGAACCACGUAAUUAUUUGUAUUCCUUAAGCAUCUUGUAUUGCUCUCUUUUUCAGACUAUGAUUGUUUGAUAUGUUUGUAUGUUCAGGGGUUGUAUUCUUCCAAAAGUAUACAUUUUCUUACCAAUCAGUUAUCAUGCAAUACAAGCUAUGUUUGUCUACUCUUGUUACUUUUGUUGAUGAUGAUGAUGAUGAUUAUAUAAGUGUUAUUAGAUACUUAUUUUAUUAAAUAAAUAUGAGUCAGGGGCAUGGCUCCAGGGUCCCCAGUUCAAUCCAGAGCUCAGGUUACUGUUCUCCCUGAGUUUGUAUGGGUUUCCUCCAGGUUCUCCGGUUUCCACCCACCUUGCAAAACAUGUAAGUAGGAUUGGCUACACUAAAUUGCCCCAUGUGUGAAUGUGUGUAGGUUCGAUGCCCUGUGAUGGACUGUUAUGCCCAGUGUUCCUGGGAUAGGCUCCAGAUCCACUGCAACCUGACCAGGAUAAUUUGGAUACUGAAGAUGAAUGAAUGAAUGAAUGAAUGAAUGAAUAUUAUUUAUAAGGAAGAGUUUGUUUAAUUAUGCACUACUUUGCUUAAUAAGUGUGCAUCAGCAUAACUUUAUUCAGGGUGACAAACUCUAGCACUGGGUGAGCACACUUAUUAACUGAAGCUCACAUAUUAAUUGUCUCUCAGCCCUAUUAAUUACAUGGAGAAGAACUGCAUGCCUGUUGGACUGCACUAUAUUGUAAAAUGAGACUUUGAAUUGGAAGCUAACAUUAUACACUCAUGGGCCAAGCCCAAAAUGGCAAAUAUAAAACUUUUAAUUGUCUUUACAACAAAUCAUUGGUCAGGAAAUUAGCAAGAAUUAAACAAAUGCACUCCUGAGACCUCCCGUGCCACCAUUUGCUCAUUUACUUUUGGUGCAGUGAACUGUUUGGGGAAAAGCUAGAAACAGGGAAACUCAUUUAUAUCGUCUUCUUGUACGCAAAGGUAGAAUCAUGAUAAUGAUUAAAAUGUUUGAUGUAAAAUUCAAACUAACACAUAUCGGGGUGUAGAACAUUUUCCAAAAAUAUCUACUGGGAUGUUUUUUCUUAAAAGAUUAGUCAUUAUUUGGUUAUCUGCCACACCUGAUGCAGCACAUUAAGGGCCACAAGGCUUAAACAUUUAAAGAAAGCAAAGGGAAAGAUUAUCCCAUACUAACUACCUUUAUCUAUUUGUGUAAUUCUCACAAAUUUCCUGACCAAGGAUUUGUUGUUAAGACCAUUAAAAGCUUAAUAUUUUGCCAUUUUGGGCUAAUAUUCACAUUGCCAAAUUUAUAUUCUGAAUAUAUUUAUAUUCAGAAAAUAUUCUGAAUUUGGCUGUUUCCGAGUUUAGUUGUUGUUGUUGUUGUUGUUUUUAUAUGCUUGACAUUUCUGUUGUGGGAUUUCCUGUUGUGCCGCAGAAGUCUCGCGCGAUUGGCUGUUCAGCACAAACGUCACGCUUUAAUGUGCACGUGCAGCAUGUUUUUACGUCACGCUUUAAACAGACAGAAAUCCUAUUUAAAUGUUCAUUUUUUUAUGUAACAAAUACCAUGCAAAGUAUAAUGCAUUAAACAAUUAAUAUAAUACAAUUCAGUGAAAGUUUAUGCGAUGGACAGGGAAAGAAAAACAACUUUGAAAGAAAAAAAGGAAGAGGAAGACAUGUUCGUGAGCCGUCUCAUCUGACUCACUGAAAACAGACGGAAUUCCCAUAAGUGCUAAGGAACAAGCGCGAGGAGCGAAAACAUCAACAAAGUAUAAAAAAUAAAAACUCCAGCCAUUUAGCGCAGCUCACCAAUCAGGUGCUCCCGUUCCGAUCACGUGACACCCGAGCUGCCGUGUCUGCGUGCAUGUAACGACGCUGAGGUUUCGGUUCUGCACGCUGACAUGUGGUGUAAAGUACUGUUAGGCCAGUGUGUUUUUGUUGUUGUUGUUCCCGGCAUUGCUUUUGGUUAAGCUACUUAAUAACCAAAAAAAAUUCCAAUAUUAUAUUUUAAAAAGACGGCAGUAAGGCUGGUCGCAGUCACAGUUAUCGUCAUAAAAUCGCAUGUCCUCUAUCCAGAACCUCUUUCUGGUGUUUUGGUAAGUUUCAUUUUACUCAAUUUAGGCCUGGCUACGACGGAAAAGCAACUUUUCCAAUGGCAAACAGUAUAACCUAGCUAAUUUGCUGACUAGUUGCUCUCAGAAACAUACAGCCUGCUGGGCUGGGUGUGUGUUCUGUCACAGCACGGACCUGAGUAUACUGCAGGUACAGAAAUCAGAGCUACACCACACAGACAUCAUCUGCAGUACAGACGCUACAGACGCUAGCUUAGCUGAGCAUGCUCAUCUGUUGCUGAUACACGCGUCCCUUUCUUAAUUACUAAUAGGUUAUUUAACUUGCUAAUUAAAUGUAUCCGCGCUAGCUAGGUGUUACAACAAGGCCGUGAAGGAAACUACCGGAAGUAAAUAUGAAAUUCAUUUUUUUAUUCGAUUAUUAGCGAUCAAGUGUAAACCAGUUAAGACUCAUUCGCCUUGAGCCUCGAGACUGUGAAACGAUGGUUUACGCUCGUGUAUAAGCCGCUGAUAAGUCUGAUUUCAGAUUUUUUUUUAAAUAAUAUUUUAUUGCUGACUGAUGUACUACAUUACCCACAAUCCUUAGAGCUCCACCAAUGAGGGACAUUUCUGCUGUGACCGCAGGCGCAGUGAACUGUAUUUGAGGCACUGUUUGUUUCUGUUCUGUGUUGUCAAAUUGGGCGAGUUCCCGCCCAACUGGGCUCCUUUUGAUGACGUAAGACCGGAAAACAAUGCAUUGAUUGAUUAAAUUUGGGCUGUUUUCUGAUACAACUGGCGUUUUUUUUGUUUUGAAUACAAGCAUGUUCAACAUGAGUUCAGUUGGAGUGGUUAAGCAAUAUCAAUUCAGCGAAGCUGCCAAUUUAUUGUAUCACCAUGCCAUAGUGUGUUAAUACAGAAAGUCCUACCGAAAAGAAUGGGAUCACGGCCCAUCUCUGAAAACAUGGAUUGCUCCUGUGAUAGGAGAUGAGUCAAAGGCAUUUUACAAGUACAGUACUGUCAGAAAUCAGAGCACUGUUAAAUGAUUUAAAAGAACACACUAAACAUUAAGCAUUUUCUAUGGCUGGCAUCUGUGUGUGUCCAAAAAAUCAGAAAGCAAAAAUCAUAUUGUGUAUUAUACUCAAAUUUUGUUUGACGUCUUUGUUCCGUUUUUAAAGAUGAUAAAGUUCUAUUGUAUCAGUUUUAACAGUAUGUCUUUUGGGCUGGUAUUGAAAUGAAAUGGGCCUGUUUUCCGCUGUAGUUGGGCUGUAAUCGUCGCUCCAAUCUGGCAACACUGUUUCUGUUACAGGGAGGUGAGGAUUUUUAGUGAAGGCCAGUUGGCCAGGCUGCUGUAGUGUUUCUACUGUCCAUAAACCUGUCCAUAUUCUACGUACAACAAAUAAAAUCACUUUGGCUAACACUGUUAAUUGAGCAUGUGGCAUUCUGACAACUUUUAGUGUGAAGGAGUACAAAGUUAAACACCACACAGAGGCUUGGCUUGCCACAUUCUGUAGUAAAUUAUCAAGACUAAAAAUGACUGUGAAAUAAUCUAGAGAAGUACAAUAAAACACCAAAUUGAUUAUUAAAAAAAUAUAAACCUACAAUAUACACUCAUUGAGCACUUUAUUAGGAUUGCUAUACUAAUACUGAGUAGGGCCUCACUUUGCUCUCAAAACAGCCUCAAUUCUUCAUGGCCUGGAUUCCACAAGAUAUUGGAAACAUUCCUUUGAGAUUCUGGUCCGUGUUGACAUGAUUGCAUCAUACAAUUACUGCAGAUUUUUCAGGUGCACUUUCGUGCUGCAAAUCUCCAGUUCUACCAUGAAGAACAUGGUCAGCAACAAUACUCAAAUAGACUGUGGCUUUCAAGCGAUGAUUGCUUGGUAUUAACCGGCUCAAAAUGUGCCAAGAAAACAUUCCCCACACCAUUACACCACCUCCACCAGCCUGGACUGUUGACACAAGGGAGGUUGAGUCCAUAGAUUCAUGCUGUUGGGGCGAAAUUCUGACCCUACCAUCUGUGUGCCUCAGCAGAAAUCGAGAUUCAUCAGACCAGACUACGUUUUUCCUGUCUUCGGCUGUCCAGUUUUGGUGAAUCUCUGCCCACUGCAGCCUCAGCUUUCUGUUCUUGGCUAACAGAAGUGGAACCCGUCAUGGUCUUCUGCUGUUGUAGCCCAUCUGCCUCAAUGUUUGACAUGUUGUGCAUUCUGAGAUGGUUUUCUGCUCACCACAAUUGUACAGAGUGGUUAUCUAAGUUACUGUAGCCUUUCUGUCAGCUCAAACCAGUCUGGACAUUCUCCAUUGACCUCUCUCAACAAGACGUUUCUGUCCGCAGACCUGUCGCUCACUGAAUGUUUUUAUUUUAUUGCUCCAUUCUGAGAAAACCAAUAGUCAUUAAUUAAAAACAAAAAUAUUAUGUGUAAUUCUGUGUAUUUUAUCUACAAUACAUAGUUACUCAUAAGUCUCAUAUAGUUACUUUAGCCAGUAAGAAGUCAUUAUUAUUUGAAUAAUAAAGAUUUAUACCGAUCGGCCAUAACAUUAUGACCACCUGCCUAAUAUUGUGUUGGUCCACCUUUUGCUGCCAAAAUAGCCCUGACCCGUCGAGGCAGGGACUCCACUAGAUCCCUGAAGGUGUGCUGUGGUAUCUGGCACAAAGACGUUAACAGCAGAUCCUUUAAGUUCUGUAAGUUGCGAGGUGAGGCCUCCAUGGAUCGGACUUGAUGGCCAGCACACCCCACAGAUGUUCGAUUGGAUUGAGAUCUGGGGAAUUUGGAGGCCAAGUCAACACCUUGAACUCUUUGUCAUGAUCCUCAAACCAUUCCUGAACAAUUUUUACAGUGUGGCAGGACAUAUUAUCCUGCCGAAAGAGGUCACUUCCUUUAGGGAAUACCGUUGCCAUGAAGGGGUGUAUCUGGUCUGCAACAGUGUUUAGGUAGGUGGUAUGUGUCAAAAUAGCAUCCACAUGAAUGUCAGGACCCAAAGUUUCCCAGCAGAACACUGCCCAGAGCAUCACACUGCCUCCUCCAGCUUGCGUUCUUCCCAUAGUGCAUGCUGGUGCCAUCUCUUCCCCAGGUAAACGAUGCACAACCACCCGGCCUUCCACAUGAUGUAAAAGAAAAUGUGAUUUAUCAGACCAGGUCACCUUCCUCCAUUGCUCCGUGGUCCAGUUCUGAUGCUCAACUGUCCACUUUUGGCAGUGGACAGAGGUCAGCAUGGGCACUCUGACAGGUAUGUGGUUACACAGCCCCAUACGCAGCAAGCUGCAAUGCACUGUGCGUUCUGACACCUUUCUAUCGUAGCCAGCUUUAACUUUUCAGCAAUUUGUGCUACAGUAGCUCUUCUGUGGGAUCAGUCCAGACGGACUAGCCUUCACUCCCCAUACGCAUCAGUGAGCCUUGGGCGCCCAUGACCCUGUCGCUAGUUCACCGGUUGUCCUUCCUUGACCACUUUUGGUAGGAACUAACCACUGCAGACCGGAAACACCCAAUAAGGCCUGCCGUUUUAAAGAUGCUCUGACCCAGUCAUCUAGCCACCACAAUUUGGCCGUUGUCAAAGUCUCUCUAAUCCUUACGCUUGCUCAUUUUUCCUGUUUCCAACACAUCAACCUUGAGAACCGACUGUUCACUUGCUGCCUAAUAUAUCUCAACCCUUGGUAGGUGCUAUUGUAACGAAAUAAUCAAUAUUAUUCACUUCACCUGUCAGUGGUCAUAAUGUUAUGGCUGAUUGGUGUAUGUCUAUUGUAUUUUGCUUCUCUGUCUCUUUGUAAAAAUAAUACAGGCCUGCCUGACAAAAGGUGUAUAUUUUUUACCAUUACAUGCUUAGUUAACACCAUGUAGCCAACCCAUCGCAGGGCACAGUCGCACACCCUUCACACAAUUUAGUGAUGCCUAUAAAGCAUGUCUUUGGACUGGAAGAGAAAACUCUGAGGCACGGGGAGAACAUGCAAACUCCAUACACACAGGGCACUGGUGGGCAUCAACCCCCAACCCCAGAGGUGUGAGGCAAACGUGCUAACUACUAAGCCACCAUGCCCCCUUACACUACACAUGAAAUUAUGUUAAUCAUGGACAAUUAAACACGGUGCACAUGGAUUUAAAAUUUAGGAAUUCAAACUUACCCUCUCGCAUUAUGUCUCACACAAUAUUCUGGUUUCAUCCAGCUCACUCGAAUCAGCUUUCAUUCAAGGGUACACAGUCUUUUGAGAUGCAGUCAGACAGCAUCUUGUUUAAGUUACCGAAGACGACGCAUGUGUCUGAGGAAGACCCAGUCAUGGGAUUUGUGAUUAUUAGGGAAAAUGUUUUCAGUUUUAUUUGAAUUUGUUUAUUGGACAUCUGUGUCCCCACGGGAGCUCACCUUGCGCUUGUUCACUACUGCUGGGCUGCUGAUCUGACAGGGUACUGUUUGAAUAAGUCUUUGUUGCACGCCGGAGUGUUGUUGUGUGUAACAUUAUGUAAUGUCACGUUAAAAAACGAACGAUGACUGCUCAUUUUACUGUCUGUCAGGUGCUCACUUCAUGUUUGAGUAGGCAUUUUUAGCCAGAAUAAGGAAGAAUGUGCUAUAUGGCAUCAAAUAUAUGGCCAAUAAUAAAAAACAAAAAUCACAUUUUUCUCCAUUCUGAUGGUUGAUGUGAACCUUACGUGAAACUGUUGCACAUCUGCAUGACUUUAUGCAUUGCACUGCUACCGUACGAUUGGCUGACUAGAUAAUUCAUAAAUGAAUAGGUAUACAGGUGUGUUCAGUGUGUUACAGAACACCAUCUUUGAACAUAAAUGUAGAUUUGUAUGCUUCAUACAGUCAUUCAUUUUGGCUUUGAAAUUGUCAAAAGCAUGGUUCAUAUAUACCCACUGUUCACUGUGUAAACUCUAGAGACUGUUGUGUGUGAAAAUCCCGGGAGAUGACCUGUAUCUGCAUGAUUUUAUGCAUUGUGCUGCUACCACAUGAUUGGCUGAUUAGAGAACUGCAUGAGUGUUCAAGUGUAUAGGUGUUCCUAAUAAAGUGGACUGUGAGUGUAGUUUGGUUCAGUGCUCUAAACUCCUUACUUAGGAAAUUAAGAGGAAACUUGCUUUUGGAAGCAAGUUCAUAGAAAAUGCGAGGUUACUUUUCAGCUAAGUCGUUGAAUGUGCUGAUAAGCUCAGGCACUUUUCGACUAUGAGCAUGCAUGUUCAACCAUUGGUAUAGAUGGCAUAGAUGUUUGUCACCAUGCCAUAGACAUAGCCUGCAGCUAAGCACACACUUUCACUGCAAAACGUUAUCGAACAAAACUGAUUUUGUUCAUGGUCUUUAUGUAUCAUGAUUACAGUAUGGAUGCAUUGUCCUUGUAUUCAUGGCAGCAUGUUAUUUUACCCUUAAUACACAUUCAUUGCACAUUCCUAGUGUUUUUUUCCCUCUCUUUUUUUUCUUCUUUUUUUGUUUUUAAUUUGACUCUUGAAUGAAAUGGCUUUAAUCCAAACCUCUAUAAUUCUGAUAAAUAAGACUAAGUGUCAUCUUGUGGAAGUUCAGGGUUAAAAAAAAUACUGUAUUGCUCCAAUAAAUGUCCAAGAUAUUAAUGUACACAUUGAAUAAGUGGAUUACUUUCAUACAAUCAGUGUUGAGGGUGUCUGUGGAAGUUUUACAGUUAAAGGUUGGAGAUUGUUUGCAAACCGAGAGAAUGUCCCCAUGCAAGCCAGAAAUUGAAGAACUACUAUAUUGUCGUCUGGCUAUGCAUUUCAUUACAGUUUUAGGGUUAGGUAAUAACCAUCCAUCCACUUGCACCUGUAAUGUUAUAGAUUGAGUCUGGAGGUUGUACACUUAAACUGCUGAAAAUCCCACAACUCUGUACAUCACCUGACCUUUUGAAGUGUGAGCACAUUCUGGAGCACUUUGGUGAUCCCUUCCCAUUUUUCAUUAGAAUAUAGACCUUUGCAAAUGUUCACAGUUUUGGCUAGAAUGGUACAUUGUGAAUGUGAGAUGGUCCAAAGAGUUAUAGAGGUGUGGUGAGCCUUAGGCCUGUUCAUUAGUUUGUGUUUAACUAUUGCAAAAUUUAUCACU